AUGAAUUCGGACGGUGGUGCACCAAUUUGUCGACAGGUCUCAACUUCAAGCCAUACGCCAUUGAGUUUAGACGGGUCCGAGACUACAGCGGUACUUGGGGCCCCAGCGUCUCGUAAUGACGUUGGUAGUACUCAUACACUCGACCAAAACGGAGCAUUGUCACCUGGUACCUCGUAUGGAAACUUUGACACGAUAAAAGGACCAGCUCCACACGCGUUUAAUAAUCACAACGUGCCAGUGAAGCCCAAAAUUGCACUCUUUGACCAGCAUUCGGACCUGUCGACGGAAGGAUUCCGUCAACGUGCGGCACUACAGACGUGCUCCAUCAGUUGGCAGCAUAUUUCGUACUUCAUUAAGCCCAAGAAGAAAAAGCUAGGACGUUUUCGUAACACUAGCAAGCGCGGAUCAGGGUCGUCCCAACUUGAGGCGCAGCUCGAGAGGCAACAGCCUCGCAAGAUUCUCAACAAUGUUUGGGGCCGAUCAGGACCGGGAGAGAUUACUGCAAUAUUAGGACCUUCUGGUGCUGGUAAAACUACGUUGCUUGGUAUGCUCGCGGACCGAGUGCUGUCAGCAGGCUCGGGUGUACAUUUGGAAGGUCUCGUGGAAGUGAACGGUCAACCACGUGACCUGCGCACUUUUCACUCUAUCAUGAACUAUGUAUCCGAAGAUAUGGCUUUCCUCGGAGCAUUCACAGUUUUGGAGACCCUACAGAUCGGUGCUGGGCUGAGUUUGCCCGGACACAUGCCCCCAGCGCAGCGAGAAUCUCGUGUUCAAGAUGUAAUUGACGCCAUGGGAUUACGUUCAUGCGCUAACGCUCGAGUAGGUGACAUUUUCCACAAAGGUAUUUCUUCCGGCCAACGCAAACGUCUUGGUAUUGCUCUAGAAUUGCUUUCAGACCCUGCUUUGCUUCUCCUUGAUGAACCGACAUCCGGAUUGGAUUCGUCUUCCGCUCGUGGUGUCAUGCAAUACAUUGAGCGCUUGUGUCAAGAAGGUGGCAAGAACGUCGUGUGUACGAUCCACCAGCCUUCUUCUUCUAUUUACGGCAUGCUUACCAACCUCGUUAUUCUCAGUGGUGGUGAGUUGGUGUACAGCGGACCUACUAAUGCUGCCAUUGCUCACUUUUUCGCCAUGGGAUACGUGUGUCCAAUGUACACGAACCCGGCGGAAUACUUUGUUCAUUUAGUGAAUACAAACUUUCACGAUGGAUUGAAGCUCGAACCGUUUGUCCGUGCGCUGAAGGAAAGUGCGGAACCACAGCGUCUUCGUGCUGAUGUUGUUCGAGAUCGAUCUCGCCGUGAUCAUCUUGCCAACCCUGAACUGCUCAAAGCCAUGCGACCGUGGCCAAUGGAUCAGUUUCUUGUGUUGCUCAAGCGUAAUAUGACAAACAACUGGAGACAUCCGGGUGUGUUCUGGCUGCGUGUGCUCAUGUACGUGUUGCUAUCCUUGAUGGUAGGCACCAUGUAUUUGAGCUCCAACGCUGAGAUUAAGGCCACGUCCAUUGUGUCACUGCUCUUCUACGUACAAGCCUUUUUGGUGUUUAUGUCCGUUGCCGCUCUUCCGGCUUUGCUGGAGCACCGAGCAGUUAUGGAAAGGGAAAUGCGCGCAUACGCUUUGUCGCUCACUGGUUACACGAUGUCAAACCUGCUAGCUUCGUUGCCGGGUAUCUUUCUCAUCUCCGUACUAGCUUCCGUUAUCGUGGUGUUCCUGGCACGUGUGCAAACGUUUUAUACAUUCCUCAUCAACUUGACAUUGUCGCUUGUCGCCGCUGAGUCGUUGAUGCACUUGCUUGGUGCUGCUGUACCUCACUACAUUAUGGGCAUUGCAUUGGGUGCUGGUCUCUUCGGUAUGUUUAUGCUUUGCGAAGGCUUCAUGGUACCGUUCGCAGAUAUGCCCGUAUACUGGAAAUGGGGCUACUACAUUGCUUUUCACACAUACUCGUUCGAGUCGUUCAUGUACGAACAUUUUUCAGCGGUCAAUACAGACGAAGCGUGGCAAAUUCUUAAGAGCUACGGCAUGGAUAAAGUGAAUAUCUGGAUGGACAUGAUCAUUUUAGCAUGUUACUCGGCCAUUUUGCAGAUCCUCGUCAUUGGUGUACUAAGCCUUCGAUUCAAUCGACAUCGUCGCCGCUAG